GCUACUGUAUCCGGGAAUUCAAGUACAUAUAUGAAGACGGCAGAUUUUAAAUACUAUAUAUAGUAAAAUACACUGUACUGUUUACUGAAAAACAAAAGAAAUCACUAUGGCGUUUUGGUAUAUUACAGCAAUUGUUAUACUAUUAUUUGCAAACUUGGGCAAUAUAGGAAAUGCCAGAGUUAUCAAAAGUGCAAAACUGACCACUGAGGGAACAACUAACAAACCAGCAACCGGGGGCACAACAACUUCUCUGCUGCCGUCAAAUGAUACUUCAACACUUAAAACUAAAAUAUCAUCGAAUCCAAGAUAUAUCACAACGGAAUCACCGAAUGCGACUGGUCUUGCUGUUUCAGAAAAUAAAAUUCUGGAUCUGGCGUUCAUCAUGGAUACAACUGGAAGUAUGGGAUCAUAUAUUCAAAGUGCAAGACAGAAUAUUCGUACCCUUGUUGAUGAAAUUGCGGUAAAUUCAAGCACAGAUCUUCGGGUAGCACUGAUUGAAUACAGAGACCAUCCUCCACAGGAUUCAACUUUCGUUACUAGGACGCACGAUUUCACAAGUUCCGUUAAGACUAUGAAAAAAUGGCUCAAGAAAGCACAGGCACGUGGCGGUGGAGAUGGACCAGAAGCAGUAGCUGAAGGGUUAUACGAUGUUGCAACUAAAUUGUCGUGGAGACCAGAGGCAACUAAGAUAAGUGUUUUGAUUUCAGAUGCGCCACCGCACGGACUUGUCCCUUGGAAGGACAGGUCAUUUCCAAACGGAUCUCCAAAUGGGCAUGACCCUGUACUUAUAGCGCGUGAUUUAACAAAACGUGAAAUAACAUUAUAUACUGUUGGAUGUGAGCCAGCUAUAAAUGAAUACAAAGAUUUCUUUAUGAUGUUGGCGUUUUUGACUGGAGGACAGUAUAUUCCGCUGUCAGACCCAAAAAGUCUGAUAGAUGCUAUCAUAGGAGGGGCUCAGGAAGAGAUGUCAUUACAGAAGUUCUCGAAAGAUGUGGAAGAAGAAAUAAAAAAAAUAACAGCGAUUGGUGGAACUGUUAAUGAAACAAGUAUUGCUGAGUCAGUGUAUUCCAAACUACAAAAGGCAGGUGCAACGUCUAAACAGCUUUUAAGAAACAAUAAACUUCUGGAAGGUGCUUCUGACUUUGCACAGUCCCUCGCAUCCUCAGUAUCUCUAGCGGAUGUUAGAGCGGUAUAUGAGAAUCGUACACAUGUUCCAGUGCGGACUUCCUUGGACAGAAGAAUGCAUUCUAGAACAAGUUCGCCCACAGCUGGCUUUAAUAGUAGUUUUAGUGUAGAAGAUCCUAGCCCUUAUGGUGUAGGUUUUGAUUCGUCUGCAAGCAUGUCAGGUACUGGUCUACGUGGUGUAGGAGGAUUUGGUUCGUCUGCAAGUAUGUCAGGUGCUGGAGAGUUAUAUUCCACUGCUGAAUCCGCCGUUAGGUUAGAUCAAAUUAAGCGAUUAGUUAGACAGAAAGCUUCUAAACUGUCCGGUGUUUAAUAUGCUAUCUUAUAAAACUGUUUACAAUAAGUUGAAAAUCAAAGGGAUACUGUGUCCAAAAAUACUAAAAUGACACUGAUGACUGCAAGACAUAUAAACUGAGGUUGAAGUAUACAUACACAUAUUUAGCAAAUGCCAGUGUGAUGUGCAGUUUGGACAUAUAUAUAAAACAUGACUGAAACCAACUUUUUUGACCUGGUGGACUUGUUGCGGAAUAUGCGCUCGUUGUUGUACUGGCUGUUUUGCCGUUAUUGGUCCUUUAUCAACUAUAAUUUUCAAUGCGAACCUGUGCCCUCGCAGCUUUCGCGUAUAGGAAAAUUAAAUAUAUGAAUUAAGAUAGUUCCCCUAAUGCACAUUAUCUUUAUAAAAUCAUUGUACGCUCUUGCUCCAUUUAGCUUUCAGAAAGAGAAUAUAGGGCUACUCUGGUCCUUGGUUUGCUAUGAAAUUAAAUGUUGUGGGUUUGAGUCCUAUAUACAAACUUUAGGAUGAAAGUCUCGUGUAUGUGUGUUUUACACCUGACCCGCUAAGAAACUAGCGGAACUUGGAAAACAUCUUCCUUAUCUUGUAUAAUCCUUUCACUGGCAGUAACUAACUAUAUUCUGGACAGGUCGUCUAUAGGAAUUACCGCUUGCGACUAUAAAUAAGCAUACAAAAUUGAGUUGUCGAAUUUGUUACGGAAUAUGCACCUCGUCUAUACUGCUAGUCGUUUUACCGUAAUUGCUCUGAUGUAUUAUGGCUAUGAUGUACUCGUAGAAAAUCUCUCUUUCGAUAUGAUUACUAUAUUGUUGUGUACAACUGAAAUACAUGUUUUGAAACAUUUUCAUAAUUAUACGAUAUUUCGUUAUAUAAUCUUCAAUUAUUAUAAAUUAUAAAGUAAUAUUAGCGAUGCAAGUUUGUCAAACACACUGACAUUAUUGCUCAACAUCUGCCACUUUUGUUAAUAUGUCUUGAAUAAAAUUUCGUAUUUUGUC